AUGGUCAUUAAGAGCGUGAGGAGGCAGCGGGCGGGCCCCCACGCGCCCGCAGACCGGCGGCGCUCAGCUCGCUGCCCGGCUCCGCCGCGCCUGGACCCGCGUGGCACUCGGCUCGGCCCUUGUGGCCAGCGCUGUGGACGAGGAGGCACGGGCCUGGGGUUCGUCCCCCGACCCCGGGCCUUUGGGCUGUGCCGGCAGCUGACCUGGUCAGGGCGCAGCAGGCGUCAGGAGCCUCCUAGAGCCGGUGCUGGCCGGCCCCAGGUCUCCCAGGGCCCCCCGGGUGCAGCAGCACCCGCCCCUGGGUGCGGGCAGCCUGGCAUCAGUCUGAGGCCACUGCGCUGGGGCACUUCCCUCUUUCCCAAAGGGCUGUUUGCAGAAAGCACCCCAGACCCGGAGCCUGCUGCACGGCUUCCCCAGGCUGGCUGCCUGCUCGCCCGGGAAACGAGGGCCCCGGCCCGGAGGUGCCGCAGAGAGGGACAGGCCCGGUGUCCCCCGGCCUGGGACCUCACCCUCCCAGCCGCCUCAGCUGUCUGGCCCCAGUGCAGGGCCAGGGCCCUUGGUCAGGAAGGGCACCUCGACUCGCCGGACAGCAGCACGGCAGUGGAUUUGGGGGGGCUGCGUGAGCCCCCUGUCCACAGCGCCUGCGUGGCCCCGCGGUCCCAGUGCCUUGCUCGCUGCGCGGUGGACAUGCGGCCGAGCUAAACGCUUGAUGGCAAUGGACGGUCUCACGCGGAGGGCCCCCCGGGGAACCCGCCGGGCGUGUGUGCACGGCCUCUUCCAGAAUGUCGUAUUUUGUAAUGACUGAGCUACACAAUAAUAGCCACACAUGUAUAUGGUUAAUAUAUAUGGAAAUUCAAUAUAUUUUCUAGUUAAAGCAUUCUGAAGUAAUCGAUGUUUCUAGCAAAUUGUCAUGACUUCAACUAAUGAAAUGUCCUUUUGUGCCACAGUCCUUGGCUUGACGAAGGUGUAAUUCUGUACCGGGGGAAGGAUGGACUGCGCCCGUCCUCUAUUUCUGAUGUGAGGGAAGAGAGCGCGUUCCCA